AUGCAUCGCUUCGCGUUUGCAGCGUCUGGCCCUCACGUCCUGCCUGAAACAGGCAUCGAAGGAGGGUGCAGGAGGAUGUGGGAGGCGGCAGGACGGUGUAGAGGGAUGCAGGAGGGGGAGGCGGCGGCGCCCGAGAAGGAGCCCUUGCUCAGUAACAACAACCCCUACGCCUCCUUUGGAGCCACACUGGCACGAGACGAGGAGCAGAACCUGUGGAGCACCCCACAUGACGUGACCCACACAGAGGCGGAUGACGACCGGGUGCUGUACAACAUGAUUGUGGUCAGGAACCAGCUGGACAAGGACUCAGAGGAAUGGCAAAAGCUCAACUAUGAUAUUUAUACCUUACGGCAGACGCGGAAAGAAGUGAGAAGCAGGUGGAAACACAUUUUGGAGGAUUUAGGUUUCCAGAAGGAAGCAGACUCCCUCUUGUCGGUGACCAAACUCAGCAUCAUCAGUGACUCUCAGAACAUGGGCAAAGCCCGGGACAUCCUGUUAAAGCUCUCCGAAGAGACAAACAUCUUCCCAACCAGCUGGGAGCUUUCUGAGCGCUACCUCUUUGUGGUGGAUCGGCUCAUAGCUCUGGACGCUGCGGAUGAGUUCUUCAAGAUGGCCAGCGUGGUGUAUCCAAAGAGAGCCAGAUUAGGAAAGGAAGACGCCAUGGAGGCUGUGGGCACCCUUGCCAUGAUAGCAUCCCAGUAA